GCUCUCUUUGUUCUUCAAUUGUGUGAGCGGUAGGGUAGCUUUUUGGCAGGGAAAUCGGCAUUGGUUAUUUUAUUGAUUGACCACCUGGAAGAAAGUUUUCAACAUGUCGACUAUCAAACAAAAUUUCCACGCAGAAUGUGAAAGUGCUAUAAGCAAGCAAAUAAACAGCGAGCUGGCCUCGUCCUACUUUUACAUGGCUUUGGCCUAUCACUUUGACCGGGAUGAUGUUGCCCUAGAAAAUUUCCACAAAUAUUUUUGUAAAUUUUCUAACAACAAAAGAGAGAAUGCACAGAAGCUACUGAAGUACAUGAAUGAACGUGGUGGUAGAGUCAAGCUGGUCGAUAUCGGAACUCCUGCAAAUAACUUUGGUGAACCACUCAGCAUUAUGCAAGCUGUUCUUGAACACGAGAGAAAGGUCAAUGACAGCCUACUUGAUCUGACUCAUCUUGCUGAAAAACACAAUGAUGAGCAACUGUGUGACUUCAUGGAGGAUCACUUCUUGAAUCCAGAAGUUGAAUUAUUGAAGCAAGUUGGAGACCAUGUAACCAACUUAAAGCGAGUUGGUGACGGCCUUGGAGUUUACAUGUUUGAAAGGGAAACCCUAGAGCACUGAACCAUUCUACAUAAGCUAACAAAAUUUUGGGUACUUUUAGAUUUAUUUAAAAACAUACAACGCAAUUGAAGUUCUUUUAGCUAAAAUAUGUUUCUGCAAAAAACAAAAAAUAUUUUAUUUUAAAAUCUUAUUGAUUAAUCUUAUUACUGUUGGUCAAUUUAUGAUCUUCUUCAUCAAGAUAGGAGGUGAUUAAUGACCCAUCAGUUUUGAUGUUCAAUUCAAUCCUUUAUCAUCUGCCUUGAUCACAUAGUCAUACAAUUUUUUUAACUUAGACUGUCAGAUUUUUCCUUUGGCAGUGGGUGCUACUCCACUGUUUACAUUUUCUGCAUAUAAAGCCACCGUAUAUUAUGGAAGAAUGAUGUAAAAAAACAGCAAAUAUCUGCUUUUUAGUCUACACAUGCCCAUUCCAUUGUGGUAAAUAUCAAUUCAUCCUGCAACAGUUGAGUUAUCACCCUAGACUUCAGCUAUUUGUUACACAUUAGCUACAUUCAUUUGUUUUUAAAGGGAUAGAAGGUUGUGUUUAUUUUUACAUUUUACCAAAAGGCAACCACCUUUAAUAGCAGAAGAAACUACAUCUGACAGAAGCAAAAAUUUGUCAUGUUUCAGGUUCCAAAAAAUGUUGAAACAAGAUACAAAUUUUUUGGAAAAGCAAAGAUUGGGCUAAUUAAUUAUUUUAAGUAAGCUCUGGAAUUAUAACAUAUUUUGUGACCACAAUUCUGUCUAUAAUGGUUGCCUUUUCUAUAAUCUUGCAGUUUUCUUAAGUAUCUAUUUGCUUUCUUUUUAAACUCCUGAGUAAUAUUUAAUGUAAUGAUAUUUAUUAAGCUUUGCUGUGCUGGGAAUUGCUUAUUAUUUAUCAAUUUAAUCUUAACAUGCAAAAUUA